AGAGCAUCAAGACCUGAAGCGGAAACGGAAGCGAAAGAUAUCAGUUGCUACAACAACCGUUUGUUAUCAGCACGUGUACAAUAAUGGCAACCCAUUUCCUCGACAAAAUUUAUGCCCAGGAGAUCGAAAAGAUUGAUAAAAAGAUAGAAGAAACGCUCGGAGAAAUUGAGACCUCUCUCCUUUCUAGAGGGCGACAACAUGAUACAGCACGUGAAAAGGACGCUACCCAAACCACAUUGGAACUUCAGCGGUUAAUGCAGUGCAUUGAGAAAACGCUGGACUUGUGUCACACCAACCCGUCCUCAGUGGACAUACUUUUUGACAACCUUCAAGAUCUUAGCAAGUUUGGUUCCUUGCCGCAGCUCAGUUAUGUACCAGAGUGUCCGAUCUGUACAAAACAGACACAAUCAAACUGCUUUCCUCAGCAAGUCCACAAAAAUGGCGCUUCCAAAAGUGAGAUAAUCACGGAGAGGAACCCCACUGUUUUUAUGAAGAUUACCUCGGAAGAAGAAUUGGCCAUCGCCUGGCAGUCCAUCUGCUACCACAUCCAUGCGGAUAUUUGCAAAGAACUCACCACUAAGCCUUGUUUUUUGACACUUGGAGACAGUGUGAUAAAAAAAUCGCUAUGGAAACUUUACCUGAAUGUUCUUCGAGUCCUUUUCACCGCUGAACAAGUUCAGAAGACUCAUGGAUACAUUCGCACACAGCAGUUGACCAACUUGCCAACUGAGUGUUGCUUCAGCUGCCUCUGUGAAUUCUGUAUUGAGAACCUCCUAGAUGAUGUCUCCUUUCUCAGCAUGGGCUAUUUUCGUCCACUUGUGGUGACAUGGCAAGAGUUACAAGCAACUUACAUUGCUCACAUUCAAACAUAUGUCGGUGAACAGCUCGCUCAACUCAAUGAUGCAAUUCUGUUAUGCAAUACAAACCAGCAAGCAAAUGUUGUUAGUGGAAUUGAUUUCAAAAGUUUGCACUCUUUGGUUGACAGGUGUCACCUACAAAAUUUGGCUCAGCAAAUUGACAAACAGAGAGAUAAAAAAUCUCGGACCUGCAGUUAUCAAAAAAUAAACUUUUGUGGGAAGCGAACAAAUAGUAUUUCCGACUGGUUACUAAAUUGUGUUCUGCAGCUGGUGGAAGAGCUGUUCUGGCUUGACCAGCAACUGCAUUGUAUUAGCUGCGUUGAAACUGAAGAUGAUAGCAGCUACACUAUGCUCAAGGGAGGACAGUCAUCUUUGGCUUCCAACAGCCCAUCACCGGAAGAUGAUGAUGCUAAAAUUGGCUGGGACUGGAGGUCAACACUGGCAUCCCAUGGUGUGCUGACAAUGCUGCAACGGGAAGUUCAGAACUGUGGUUUCCAAAUACCAGCCAUGAAGCAGCAACCUGUCAUGCCAGCAACUCCUGUUGAUAUUGACGAUGCUACCAUGAUCAGUGUGUUUUCCUUUGCUGACAAGAUGGUUUGCCAUCUAGAGCAGUUCUUGAACGUCCUAUCUGCUUCCCAAGGUUCCUUCUCCCCCUUCCGUGCAUCCUUCUCUCACACACUUCAUAUUCAUCUCGCGGAGGUACUUGAUGUAAUCAACAGCAUCAUCGUUGAAUGCUCCGUCGAGGUGUUGUACGUAGCUAUCAACACAGUUGAGUAUCUGGAAGGGCGUAUCACAACCUUUGGAGAGACCCUACACAAGGUGUCGGAGAAUGGUUUCGAGGAUCUCAGAAAGAAGAUAUUAAGCACCGCUACAGAAAUCCAGCAACUCAUUGUGACGCAUCACCUCAAGUGGCUCUCUGGCUGUGUCCUUCUGGACAAGCCUUCGUGCGAGGGGAAUCCUGUAUCCUUCACUGUUCAAGCUUGGCACGUUUACAUGCGAAGCAUCAGCUGGGAUAUGUUCUCCUCCCUUCCAACUCUUGGAGCGCAGCAACUGGUGGCAGAGAUUUUGUCUUUCGUUCUGGAGCAGAUGUGUUUCCAGUACGCCACGCAGACAACACUGGCAGAUAUCAAGAUGCUGCUGCUUUCUACGUACGACAUGCUCUUUUAUGUCUGCCGGUCCCGAAAGGAAUUGACUGGCUCACGCGAUAUGGAACUGUGCAGGGAUAAACGGGCGUACAACAUUGAGUCGAUCCACAGCCAUUGUACAGUUCUACUAGCUACGUUGUGCGUGGGAAGUGUGUCACUGGAGGAACUGUACCAAGUGUUCAAGCGAGGCUAUCCUCCGCGACAUCCAUGUUCUCCGCAGCUCACGUGGCUCAAACCGUUGACAGCACCAAACGUCAUCAUAUGGGUCUCAUUCCGUCUAGCCACUGCUUUACCGCGACCAAAUGCACCCGCAUUAGUCAGAGCACUGACAACACAAGGCUGUACGCUCGCCAUCAUGCUACUCUCAAGAAUUGCAAACACUCAGGGUGAUCAGAGCUUUUCUGAUGCCCUUUUCAGAACAUUUGUUGAGUGCACCCAUGCGCCAGAUUGUUUAGCAGAUACACUUGUGGCCACUAUUGAAAGCCUCGAUGGAUGGAAGCAAUUUGAGAGAAAUGCAAUGCUGGAAUCCGAGAGACCAUGGUGGUUCAAAUCGUUGCAAAUUCUCCUGGCACCGUACGUCCAGAACAUGAUUGCAAGCUCAGCCUUGACCAUUGUGUUUCUGACUCGCAACAAAGAAGGUCAGAAAUGCCAACUAGAGGCCCUCUACACACCUGGCGAACAAGAAAAAUCGUGUAGUCUCUUUUGCCUGGCAGAAAUUCUCUCUUGCGCUCGAGACCUGAUUGCGAUGUUUCCUGUACCAAUCAUGCACUGCCUCGCGAGACUCCAAUUCCACAUUCAAUCAACGGGCGUUGAGCCUUUAAAGGAAUGCAUUGGCCUUCAAGUGCUACUCUCCACACUGUACGACCACCUCCAAAGUAAAGAUGAGCUCCAACUGACAUUUGGGAUGAGUUUAGAUGAAGCUACACUCAGCACCUGUCUCAAUCUGGCUGGCCUUCUUGCCUCCAUCAUGCUCAACAAUCUUCCUGAUGGUGUCUGUCGGAAGCAUUUGGACAAUGUUGCGCAACAAGUCGACAUCAUUGCACAUAGUUUUAACGAAAGCGGGAACAACACUCAGGAGAGCAAAGUGCAAGAAGAGGACGUUGCAUUGGCAGUAGAGGCUCUCAUGAAAACUUUGCAUGGCCAUGCUGCGAUAGAGUCUCUUCACGCUGUUCUCAUCAACAAUAAGGGAUGGAUCCAAUCGAGUCUUGCCAUUGCUCACGGAAACCCUCCAGCAUCAGCAGAGGAGACCUUCAACCCACUCGGGGCUUAUAUGGAAAUUCAACAACAGACCCAGGAACGCCUGCCAAACUAUAUGUUGGAUGAAAAGGAGAUCCUGCCACACUUGGCUGAUGCAGGAAUUACAGAAACCAAUUUCCGCAAGCUCCUCUGCAACCGUUGGGAACUGAAGGGUUCAAAUCCUGUCCUGCCCGAAAAAUGUGUCAGAGUACUGAAGACCUUGUACAGCUAAUCUGUGUAGCACACGUAAUCAAUCAAUCAAUCAGUCAUUGUGGUACUUCUUGGUGGCAUCAAUCUUCUGUACUAGACGCACAUUUGACACACACUAAUUCUCAAGGUCAUGGUCAAACUACUCAUUAUGCAAGCCAUCAGCUCUCAUCUCAUGCUUUUCAAUGCCUGCAAUAACUGCUUGACCAGGUAUGUGUGGAUUCACCGUCUGUGCUGUCAGCUAUACAUUACAGGCCUAUUCCUAUGGGCAGCAGACAUCGUUUUGCCCAAAAUGUCGCCUCUUCAUAACGAGUGAAGCACGUAAACAGGAGCAAGAUUGUGUCUGCGAUCGAGGAACGACAGAAGGGAAGAAGCUACCAGUGAUAAUAGCCAUCCGUUCCAUGCAAGUCUUUGGCAAUCAGUAGGUUGCCUCCAGAUAGUAGUAGCUCAUACAUGGGCAUAUCAACACUUCUUUGGAAACCUAUCACCCUGUCCCAAAGACUUCCCUGAAGCCUCUACAUCCCCAAGUCAUGUAUGUCUCCAGGGUGACAGUGCCAUCAUACUGUCCUUUCUGCAUGUAAUGGAACAGAGGUUGGAAUCAAUUCAUUUUGUCUCUGCCAUGACACACAACUCGUGCGAUUAUUCCAAACAUUACUGUGACAAACACCACGAUCAUGCCAUUUGACGUCUACAGAUGUGGUCCAACUGUGUCAACGCUCACUUUAUCCCAUUUGAUGUAUCCAAUCUUACAUCUCCAUGUUCUCUGCUGUAUUACCAUUCCUGCCUUGAGUAGAUUGGAAGAUCAGUUUGAGAGCAUUUGGAGUGCAAAAAGCAUUCGAACCUGGUGAAAUAUGUGUCUGAAGGAAAGUGCAAUCUAUUCUUAGCAGAUGAGACUGCCUUCAAAGGUCAAUUUCUAUUUUCGGUCAUAUCGAGAUUAGCUUUGUAAGCCACUUUUUAGGCACAUACUAAUACACAGAUACAUAUUUACCACAAAAGUGCAAUCUUUACAACCUGUCAUCAAUAAGAUACUGCCUCCACAAGAAUGUUUCCACUGUAGGGUGUCGGUACAAGUAGUCGUCUUGUGCUGCAAUAACUGAAAACUCGUUAAUUGCCAAGAUAUGGAGCACUCAUGCAACACAUUCUUGCAUCACUGUGACAUAAUAUUUUUACCUAACAGGAAAGGCAGCAGCUAAAUGUGCAUGCAUGAAUCUUUCCAUACAUGUACACUAUGUAUGCCUGAUUUUGCCUUAAAUUAUGGAUUAAAAAGUACUUAUUUUUA